GAAGCGUGACCUCUCACUUCUGCUGGUUAUUCCCAUCCGGGUCACGUCGAUCUUCCGGAUUUUUCUACACCGCCUUCUUGGCGACUUUUUGGUCUUCUUCCUUUUACUACCGGCCCAAAUCCUGUACACCCUCGUCGGUCCUCCUUUUCUCGUGUUGCUCCUCCUCCGGCCGGGGCCGGACCAUAGGUCGCCAGCGGGAACCGGAGCCGGGCCUGGCCCUCUGGGCCCACCCCUGCCUCCUCGGCUCGGGCCGCGAGCGCCGGGCCGCCGCCGUUCAGGCCUGGGCCACGGGCUGUGCAGCCUUCCCCGCGAACCCGGAGGUUCCAGCAGGAUCUCAAAGGUAGCCCCGGCUGCUUCGCCUUUUGAGGACUCUCCGGGCCUCUUCUCUCGCUUUUUCUCUGUCUCGUGUCCUACCCCAGGCACCUCACCCCCCUGCCCUGUCCUCGUCCGGGACCGAAGGGGGAAGAUUGUCUCGGAACUCCUGCAUGGUGUUUCAUAGGGCGGUGGAGAACGAAGGUAGAAGAAUACAUGUGCACUUCCAGUGAGCAAGAGCAUGUUCCCGAACUCAAUUUUGGGUCGCCCGCCCUUUACUCCAAACCAUCAACAACAUAAUAACUUCUUCACCCUGUCGCCAACUCUUUAUUCACACCAGCAGCUUAUUGAUGCACAGUUCAACUUCCAGAAUGCAGACUUGUCUAGAGCUUUGUCAUUACAGCAACUGACAUAUGGAAAUGUCAGUCCAAUACAGACCUCAGCAUCCCCAAUAUUUCGAGGAAGGAAGAGAUUAAGCGAUGAAAAAAACCUGCCUCUUGAUGGUAAACGGCAGCGAUUCCAUUCACCCCACCAAGACCCAACUAUAGUUAACCAGAUAGUGCCUUUAUCAGGUGAAGGAAGAUACUCAAUGCCGCCAUUGUUUCAUACACCCUAUGUACCAGAGAUAGUCAGAUGUGUUCCACCUUUUCGAGAAAUAUCAUUUUUAGAACCUAGAGAAAUCACACUGCCCGAGGCCAAAGAUAAGUUGAGUCAGCAGAUACUGGAGUUAUUUGAAACAUGUCAGCAGCAAAUAAGUGACUUAAAGAAGAAAGAGCUCUGUCGAACACAGCUGCAGAGAGAAAUUCAGCUGCUUUUUCCACAAAGCAGACUUUUUUUGGUUGGGUCUUCUCUAAAUGGAUUUGGUACCCGGAGUAGUGAUGGUGAUUUAUGCCUAGUUGUUAAAGAAGAACCAUGUUUUUUUCAGGUAAAUCAGAAGACUGAAGCACGGCAUAUACUCCUGUUAGUCCAUAAACACUUCUGUACUAGACUUUCCGGCUACAUUGACAGACCUCAACUGAUUCGAGCAAAAGUGCCAAUUGUGAAGUUCAGGGAUAAAGUCAGUUGUGUGGAGUUUGACUUGAAUGUAAACAAUAUUGUUGGAAUAAGAAACACAUUCCUUCUCAGAACUUAUGCAUACCUUGAAAAUCGAGUUCGGCCAUUAGUGCUGGUGAUUAAGAAGUGGGCAAAUCAUCAUGAGAUAAAUGAUGCCAGUCGUGGUACUUUAAGCAGCUAUAGCCUUGUAUUGAUGGUUUUGCACUAUUUACAAACCCUACCUGAACCCAUCCUUCCAUCCCUCCAAAAAAUUUACCCAGAAUCUUUUAGUUCUGCUAUACAGUUGCACCUUGUACAUCAGACUCCAUGUAAUAUUCCUCCUUACCUCUCAAAGAAUGAAUCAAGUCUUGGGGACCUCUUACUGGGCUUUCUUAAAUAUUAUGCUACAGAAUUUGACUGGAACAGUCAAAUGAUUUCAGUCCGUGAAGCCAAAGCCAUUCCAAGGCCUGAUGGUAUUGAGUGGAGAAAUAAAUACAUCUGUGUAGAAGAACCUUUUGAUGGAACAAAUACAGCCAGAGCCGUGCAUGAAAAACAGAAGUUUGACAUGAUCAAAGAUCAAUUUUUAAAGUCAUUUCACAGAUUGAAAAACAAAAGAGAUUUGAACAGUAUACUACCUUUAAGAACUGCUCUCCUGAAAAGAUAACUGACCUCUAUUUCUUAAAUUCUUCUGAGAAAUAAAGAACAAGAGUUACAUCAUAAUACAUUUUGUUUACCUCCAUCAUAGUUUCUUUUUAAUUGUUCUUCUUGUUUUCAUGUUUUAUUUUUAAAAGGACAUACUUAUAUAAAGAUUGCAUAUUUUAUUAUAUUUCUUAAUAAAAUCUUUUGAUUUAAAAAUGUAUUUUUGAAAAUGUUUACAUUGAUGAUUAGUAAUAUUAUGGCAUGAAUUUUCAGGUGAUCAAAUAAAAUAUAUUUUGGGAAUUACCUGAACCAGUAACAGAUUUUUGAUACAACUUUGACUAUUCACAAGCUAAUAUGAAAGAGUUGUGUGGAAUUUUGGAAAAGGUCUAAUUCAUCAAACUUAAAGUGUCACCUAUAGUAGAUGGUUUGUUGUCUCAGUCUGUUCUAGUGGAGAUUCAAGUCAGUUUUUGUUAUUUGAAGCAAAAUAAAAUGUUUUAUAUCAGUGAAAUCACUGCAGAGUCAUGAAAUACUGGACAAUUGCCUUAAGUCUUCAUUUGCCUCCCCGGAAUAGACUGAGGCUUUGGCUGUGUCUGUAUAGCAUUUCUUGAGUGCUUUCUGAGACUGGGAGACACUCUUGAGAUGGCUUUAGAUUUUGUGUGGAAACAACAAUACAUUUUGCCCUGUAGUAUGGUAAUGUGAGCGCUUAAGGCAGUCACUGAACUGUUAGUGAGUUGUUUCAAAGACUUUGAAAAGAUUAAGUCUUCUGUGUUUUAUGAUAGCAUAGUGCAAUGUGUACUUCUAUUUUCCUGCUUUUGUUGUUUGCCCUGUGAUAUGAAGCACAAACUGAAACAUCAAAGUUAAGAUUAUAUCCUAUUUGUAGAAUCAGAAUUUUUUUCUGUGCCAUUAUAGGAUUGUUAUCUAAACUGGAAUUUGUAGGCAGUAAGCCAUUACAAAGUGUUUCAGGUAAGUUGUAAUAAAAUAAUUAUAAAAACACUUUGUUUAUAAAAUACCUUUUUUAGUAUUUUACACCUGAAGUAGUGUUAGCUGCUAAAAAAGCUGCAGUGUUUAUUAAAGUUGUUUUUAACUUAUGUAAAUAUUUGUACAUUGGUCAGUGCCUGUAAAUUUAAAUAUAAAAAGUAAUCUUGAAAACAGUUUUAACUUUCAGAAGCACUGCAAACUUCUUUCAGACCUACUGUAGAACAGUUUGUUCCUCUAAUGAAUUUUUUGCAGGCCAACUCAAAAGCUAAAACUUUUGCUUUUCUUUGACAUGUAAAAGGUGCAUAUUUUCAUUUUCUUAAGUUUAAAUUUUUGUAUGUCAAAUGGAAUAAAGUUUAUAUAUGGAAAUUGUU